CCACGCCUGCACCUCACCUCGCCACGGCAGCCACGCCUGCACCUCACCUCGCCACGGAAGCCACGCCUGCACCUCACCUCACCACGACAGUCACGCCUGCACCUCACCUCGCCACGGCCGCCACGCCUGCACCUCACCUCGCCACGACAGCCACGCCUGCACCUCACCUCGCCACGACAGUCACGCCUGCACCUCACCUCGCCACGACAGCCGCGCCUGCACCUCUCCUUGCCACGGCAGCCACGCCUGCACCUCACCUUGCCACGGCAGCCACGCCUGCACCUCACCUCGCCACGGCAGCUACGCCUGUACCUCACCUUGUCACGGCAGCCACGCCUGCACCUCUCCUCGCCACGGCAGCCACGCCUGCACCUCACCUCGCCACGGAAGCCACGCCUGCACCUAACCUCGCCACGGCAGCCCCUCCCACCCCUCACCGAGAGUGA